CGUAAAAUUCCUCAUCAAAUUCUAAAUCACACAAAUUCCAUCCAUAUACUGAUACUUAUAUACUUAUAUUGUUAUAAACUAAUCGAGCUAAUAAUAAAAAAUGGUCUUAGUCAAUAUUUAAGUAUCUGUCUUAGAGACAGGUGAGACUACAUGUGUUGAUAUAUCCGAGUGAUUGAAUUAGUAUAGAUCACGUAAAAUUCCUCAUCAAAUUCUAAAUCACACAAGUUCAUUUCUCAUACAAUGUCUAAGAAGAGAAGUUGGUUGGGUUUGAUUAAAAGGCUUUUAUUCCCUGAAACACAACAUCAACAAAAGAUCAAGAGAAGAAAAUGGUUAUUUGGAAGAUUAAAAAGGACAAAAACAUUGCCUUCAGUAUCAACUCCAACACAAUCAAAAUCUACACAAAUAACAGAGCAUCAAACAGAGGAAAAACAGAGUAAAUUUGAAGAUGAAGUUAGCAAAGACGGUUUCGAAGGCGAAAACGAGCUGCCAAAAGGCUCUGAGAUUAUCACAAAUGAUGAAGAAAUCACUCAAUCGAAUAAUGAGAAAGAAAUUCAUCUUCAAACUUUAGCUGCAAUCAAGAUUCAAACUGUUUAUCGCGGUUACUUGGCAAGGAAAGCAUUGAGGGCAAUGAAGGGGUUUGUGAGGCUUCAAGCGAUAAUUCGAGGGCGAGCCGUGAGACGGCAAGCUAUGACUACAUUGAAGUGCUUACAAUCCAUAGCAAAGAUCCAAUCUGAGGUUUGUGCUAAAAGAUGUCAACUGAUUCGAGUUAAGGACGACGGAGAUGUGCAUUUGCAAGAUCAUAGUCACGAGAACCCAAAGAUACAAUUAUGUAGGCUGAGAAGGUUGGAUGAUGAACUUAUGACAAAAGAAGAGGAAAUUGACAUCAUACUUAGAAAGAAAGAGGCUAUUUUGAGAAGCAAGAAGAUCAAAGCAUACUCAUUUAAUCACAGGCAUUCUGCAGAUGCUGUACUAGAUGGCAAUUCUCAAGGCCGGCUUAGGUACUGGCUAGAGCAGUAUGUCGGAGAUGAAAUAUCGAAAAGAGAAGAAAAAAUCAGAGGUAAGUUGAGGAACUUAGAUGACCUGAAUAACUUGGACAUUACAUCCACCCCUCGAAAAUCAUUCCCUAAGCAUAAGAAACAGAAUUCCUAUGGUGAAGACAUCAUACAUUCUAGUUCUCCUAUUAAUCUUCCAACUUAUAUGGCUGCAACGGAAUCUGCCAAGGCAAGAACACGAUCAACAAGCUCCCCGAGGCUAAGGCCUUUACAUUUUGAGGCUUAUUCAGACAGUGAUUCACCUUACAAGCAUAAAUUAUUCUCACCAAUGUCGUCGAUGAAUAGUGAGGCAACUAGUAGUGGGUUUAGCAAGGUUAGUAACAGGUGUAAUUAUUCUUCUUCUCAUCAGAAAUCUCCGAGCUUUAAAGGGGUCUCUGGUCCUGUAAGAUCAAACAAGAACUUGAAGUAAAUAUGUUAAUUAGUUUAGAUUCACAAGGAUGGUUGAUAAUAAGAUUUAAUUUGGCUUAUUUAUUAUUUUGGGUGACUUUCUUUUGAACAAAUUGUACAUGUUAUUUUGUGUUCAUUUUGUGUAUUGGAUCAUUAGUCUUACUAUAAACCGUGAUUUGAGAA